CUCUGCGGCCCCCGAUGGAGCCAGCGGAUUACAAACUCCUGUUAAGUGGCGCACCGUUCUCCUCCUCCCAUCUUUCACCCAGAGUAAACCCAGGCGUGCGGAGCGCAUCCUCACCGUGCUCCAACACUGUCAGCACCAAAGCGGCCGGGCUCUGCAUUAUAGGGGAGCGAUUGAGUCGGAACAAAGAGGCAAGAGUGAGAUGGGUCCGGAGGUGGUUAGGUAUCCGUGAUUAUCAAGUGAACGGCGGUGAAGUUCUUCGGCUCCGCUCGGAUCUUUUCCCCAGGACGCUGAGUCUUUAACUGUGCGUUCAGCAUGAGUAACAUCUAUGAGUCUGCAGAGGCCACGCUGGGCUUCAUCAGCUCUCCAUGCCUGACUAAAGUGGAGCUGAGAGUGGCCUGCCGGGGGAUCUCGGAUCGUGACGCGCUCUCCAAACCUGACCCAUGCGUGGUGCUGAAGAUGCAGUCGCACGGGCAGUGGUUUGAGGUGGACCGUACAGAGGUGAUCCGCAGCAGCAGCAGCCCAGUCUUCUCCAAAAUCUUCUUGGUGGAUUACUAUUUUGAGGAGGUCCAGAGGCUCCGAUUUGAGCUGCACGACAUCAGUUCUGGUAACAAUGGCCUCCGAGAUGCAGAUUUCCUGGGAGCCAUGGAGUGUACCUUAGGACAGAUCGUGUCACAACGGAAACUGACCAAAGCUCUACUCAAACAGGGGAACACUGCUGGAAAGUCUUCCAUAAUGGUGACAGCAGAAGAGUUGUCUGGUAACGAUGAUUAUGUUGAACUCUCAUUCAGCGCUCGAAAGCUAGACGACAAGGAUUUCUUCAGUAAAUCAGACCCAUUUCUGGAGAUUUUCAGAAUAAAUGAUGACGGGACUGAGUCACUAGUGCACAGAACUGAGACAGUGAUGAACAACUUGAGCCCAAUUUGGAAAUCUUUCAAAGUUUCCUUAAACACACUCUGCAGUGGAGACCAUGACAGGGAGCUAAAGUGUACAGUUUGGGACUGGGACUCCAAUGGAAAACACGACUUCAUUGGCGAGUUUCAGACCACGUUUAAGGAGAUGAUGAGGGCAGAGCAGGAGGGCAAGCAGAUCCAAUGGGAAUGCAUCAACCCUAAAUAUCAGAUGAAGAAGAAGAAUUACAGAAACUCUGGCACUGUUAUUCUCAACCAUUGCAAGAUCAUCAAAAUGUAUUCCUUCUUGGAUUACAUAAUGGGAGGCUGCCAGAUUCAGUUUACAGUGGCAAUAGACUUUACAGCAUCCAAUGGAGACCCAAGAAACAGCUGCUCUCUCCAUUACAUCCACCCCUACCAGCCCAAUGAGUAUCUCAAAGCACUGGUAGCUGUUGGGGAGAUCUGCCAAGACUAUGACAGCGAUAAAAUGUUUCCUGCAUUUGGUUUUGGGGCUCUGAUACCACCUGACUUCAAGGUUUCACAUGAUUUUGCUGUGAACUUUGAUGAGGACAAUCCUGAAUGUGCUGGGAUCCAAGGUGUGGUAGAGGCCUACCAAAAUUGCCUCCCUAAGAUCCAGUUGUACGGACCCACCAACAUCGCUCCAAUCAUCCAGAAAGUGGCUUCCUCUGCCUCCGAGGAGAUGCACACCAAAGAGGCUAUGGAAUACUUCAUCUUGCUGAUCCUGACGGAUGGAGUCAUCACUGACAUGGCAGACACACGAGAGGCCAUUGUACACGCAUCUCACCUGCCCAUGUCUGUCAUCAUCGUUGGCGUGGGCAACGCAGACUUUACCGACAUGCAGAUUCUCGAUGGGGAUGAUGGGAUCCUGCGUUCACCCAAGGGCGAGCCUGUCCUCCGUGACAUUGUCCAGUUUGUCCCUUUCAAAGACUUCAAACACGCCUCCCCGGCUGCCUUGGCUAAAAGCGUUUUGGCAGAGGUCCCUAACCAGGUGGUGGAUUACUACAAUGCGAAAGGAAUAAAACCCAAGUGUGUCUCGGACUACGAGUCCACGAGAACCUUCAGCCCCUGAAAACGGACUGUGCACAGGCAUACACAUCCCACACAUACACACUCUCAUAGAAGUAUAUAACUCUUAUUUAAAUAAAAUUCAAGUACUGUAUAAUACAUAUACAUGUCCAAAAGCACAAGCAGACAUACACAAAUAUGUACACACAGCAAUGCUACUAUCAGUAGUCUAGCUCAGAGAAUUAGCUUGUCAUGGUGAAACAAUUUGAUCUACUCUAUUGAUGACUAUUGCAUGUUUGGCCAAAAUGGCAUCUCCUGGGAAGUUGUUACUAUCUACUGUAUAUUGAAAAGUAUUUCUAGAAAUAAUAACAGUCUUCUGAACCAGCAUGCAGACUCUGACCAUAGCCGACUGAAAGAAAUGACAUUCCUACCUUAUUUAGAUAACUAGCAAAAACAUAGACCAAAAGAUCUCUAUGGGUGAAAGCCUUAAUAAGAGCCUGUUUAGCCCCAAAUGCUUAGAAUUAGCAUUGCAAAUAUUGUUAUGGGAGUGAUGGCAUUCCGGUUAGUGUCCUGCAUAAAUGCAUGCAUAAUUGAGCUCCCUUUAAUAUCCAAUCUGCAGUAGUCGCUUGCUAGUUAUGAAAUAAAGUAUCUCUGUCAUUUGUGUAGGACUUGGGGUCAUCUUGGGAGCUUGGGGUUCUUUUUUAAGGAUUUGUUUGUGAUUUUACUAAAUGGAAAUGAAUUACUGAAUAAUUGUAAUAAUUUCUUUAUAAUCUUCUUACACUAUAAAGAGCUUUGGAAGGUUAGACAAGUGUGUGUGGUAGACACUCAUCUGUGAGCUGAAAAUAGUUUUUUCUGUAUUCUGCAUGUUGAUAAUAAUAAAGAUACUUUGGGUUUCUCA